GCAACCACCACAACUGAAGUCGCAACAACUGCAGCUCCUACAACUGCAACCCCCACAACUGUAGCCCCCACAACAGUAACAACUACAACUGCAGUCUCCACAACUGGAGAAUCUAUGACUAUAGCCCCCACAACUCCAGCCUCCACAACUGCAACCACCACAAAUGAAGUCGCAACAACUGCAGCUCCUACAAGUGCAACCCCCACAACUCUAGCACCCACUACUGUUACAACUGCAACUGCACCCUCCACAACUGGAGAGCCCACGACUGCAGCAACUCCAGUCUCCACAACUGCAACAACCACACCUGAAAACGCAACAACUGCAGCUCCUACAACUGCAACCCCCACAACUGCAACCCUCACAACUGUAGCCCCCACAACUGUAACAACUACAACUGCAGCCUCCACAACUUCAGCUCCUACGAGUGGAGCCUCCACAACUUCAGCUCCUAUGAGUGCAGCCUCCACAACUGCAGCCUCCACAACUGUAACUCCUACGACUGCAGCUUCUAAAACUGCAACCACUACAACUGAAGUCGCAACAACUGCAGCCCCAACAACUCAAACCGCUUCAACAGAAGCCCCCAAUACCGCGGCCCAUACAACUGCAGCUACAACAACAGCAGCCCCUACCGCUGUAGCUGCUACAACUGGGUUCCCUCCAACUGUGGGCCCCACGACUGCAUCAACAACAACAACUGCAUUUUAUACUACUACAGCCCCCACAACGGUAACAACUACAACUGCAGCCUCCACAACUGGAGAACCUACGACUAUAGCCUCCACAACUCCAGUCUCCACAACUGCAACCCCCACAACUGUAGCCCCCACAACUGCAGUCCCCACAACUGCAACCACUACAACUGCAGUCCCCACAACUGUGUCCUUCACAACUGAAGUUGCAACAACUGCAGCCCCAACAACUCUAACCCCUUCAACGACCCUGAUCAUAUCGACUCCAGAAGAACCAACAUCACAGGGUUUAUCACUGGCACACCUACAGAUGAGAUUAACUACCUUUGGGGAUGUCAGCAAUGGAACCAUUAUUGCACUUGUUAAACAGUUUUUUGGUGACCAGCUCCCGAGUGGAACAGCCCACACAGUUACCGUGACAAACCUUCAAAGGGUUCAAGUGUCCCCAUAGAAACUUCAUGUAGAUUUAUAAUGAUAACAGAACUUAACAAUUUCAUCAUAUCAGGAAAGAGUCUUUCAUUUGUUUAUAUUGUUUUCAGCUUGUGCACAACGUAUUAAUUGUCAUUUUACUCCAAUAUGUUGCACUAUUCUCCAAAUCACUCUUAGUUGCAAGAGACGGUGUGUUUGAUCAAGGUCAAAGGCUUAUAUUUUAGGCUCACACCCCCCUCUUAUGUUUUCUUUAUGAUCUUUCUAAAUGAACUCAAUCUGAUUAAAAAACACUUUCUCUCUCUAUAUACCUUAAGACCCAUUUUCACUUUUAACCAAACAAUAUUCUUGUGUGUGCUUUAUUUCCCGGAAUGUGAAAGGUGAGUUAGUGUAUUAGGCUCAAGUGUCAAAUGAAUUGCAGAGUACAAUAGGAAGCUCUAACCCACCAUCUGAACAGUCAAAGAGGUUUUAAGAGGUGGUAAUACAUUCCCAUGCUCUGAGAUUAAAGGAGCAGCUGCCAUGGUGACAAGUCUGGUAACCAGGAAACUAUCCUAGUAUAUAAAUAUUAUGACUCCUCCUUUUAACCGUGCAACGUUUCACACAAAAUCUAACCCCAGUUAGUUGCAGCCCUGUUACAAUGUUUGACAAUUGUACACCAAAUGAAUGGCCUGUUAAACAGUACUGACAAAAUGUAACAAAAUGUUAUGUGUAUUGAAUGGGAAUUUGUUUUGCUUUGCACCAUCAAUAAAACAUAAUUAUACAUAUUUAGCUUAUGCAAUUGGUCUUUCCAUUUAAUUGGAAAAGCAGAAUAUGAAUGGACUGCUUUACUCCAACGGGUGGCACUUGCCUUUAUGUGGUGGUGUCAGUGAGGAGGACGCUGUGAUGCACAGCAAGUAUCAUGGACAACGACUCUCACGCUCUCCAACAUGUGAUUUAACGUAAUGGAGCAUAAAGGGCAACAAAUUGCACAAUAGGCGCUAUAAUAGAAAUAAAUAUUGAAAUUGUUUAAUAUACAUGUACCUGUAGAAAUGUAAUAUUGUACAAACAUAGCUAUAUGACACUUUUCAUAUAUAUCUAUGUUUAAUGAGUUAAUCAUAGAUAUAUGAGAAGUGUCACAUAGCUAUUUUUAUGAUCAUGAAGUAACCUGAGUUAAGAGCAACUUGUGAUCCUUAUCUUUAACCACCUUUGUUAAUAUGUUUGCAUUGUCUAUAUUUUACACUUGCACCUUUGUUGGUAGUUUAUAUUUCCCCUAUGUCUUACUUUACAUUAUAACUGCUGCACAGCAUUGAAUCAAGUUGUUCUUAUAAAAAGGGUAGAAAAAGGUCUUAUAUGUUUUUAGUAAAUUUUGAUUUUAUGCAUUAAAAUUGAUACAAGUAUAAAUUACCCCCUACAGGUUCUUCUGAAUUUAUAUUUGUUACGGAGAAAAUAAUGUCUAUUAAUAUGAGUUGGCAAAUGUCUUGCAAUGUGUUUAAAUCAUAGUAACAUUUUAAUGCAAUAUAGGAAAAGUUAUUAAAAACUAAUAUCACUCAUAACAAAUAUAUAUUUCAUACAAGAGUAUUUGUUUAU